CUGCGGCAUCGGGGGGCCCCUGGAGGGGUGGCUCGGCACCUUCACGUGCAAGCUCGCGUGCAUCUUCUUUAAGCAUAAGCCUCAAGCAUCCAACACAGAACACCAACCCAGAGGAGGCAGCUGGGGCCUGUGAAUGACCCUCUUGCAUACCCAUGCCAUCACAAAGAAGCAUUUCAAAUACUUUGAUUGGCUGCUUGGACCAAACAUUCCUCUCCGUCCAGACUGCCCAGUGCUCCUACUUACACUCCAAUCCCCGUACCUACGUGACUUCUUGGGCUCAGAAAGGACAUUUCACAUAGGCUUGAAGUAACUGGAGCCAGGAAAUGAACACAAUAUUAUUUGAGGAUGUGGCUCUGGAUUUUAACCAGGAAGAGUGGGCUUUGUUGGAUUUUUCUCAGAAGAAACUGUACACAGAUGUAAUGAUGGAAACCUUUCAGAACCUGUGCUCAGUUUUUCAACAGGAUAAUAAUGGGCAAAAUUUGUCUCUGAAGAAUGACUCCCAGUUCUCCAUGUUUGGAAUAAUAUGUGAAAUACAUGGCAGUGAAUAUCAACAGAACAAACAGGAAAGAAAAAAUACGGUAGAGAGCCUCAAUGCAACUGAAGAAGAUAGAGAAAAGGCAUAUAAAGAACAUAAUCAGUCUGGCAGAACUCUCAGUUUGAUUGCAGAAUUUACUAGACUCAAAAGAACUUCUGUUGGAGUAAAUCCUUCUGAAUGCAAGGAGUCUGGAAAAGCCUUCAUGGAUCAUUCAUCAUUUAAGAAUCAGUGCAGAUCUCAUAAUGGAUGCAAACCUGAUCAAUAUAAGGAAUGUGGAAAAACUGGUCAUUGUUCCUCUUACAUAAAACCUCAUUCAAGAAUGCGUACUGGUGAGCAACUUUGGGAACGUAAGAAUUGUGGGGGACUCUGUAGUUGCUCCUCAUCCCUCACAAAACAUUUAAAAACUCACAGUGGAAAGAAGUGUUAUGAAUGUAAAAAAUGUAGGUGUGUUUCAAAGUUUAAUACACAUUUGAGAAAUCACAGUGGGGAGAGGCUGUUCAACAGUAAGAAAUGUGGUAAAGCCUUUAAUGAUUCAUCAGCUGUCAGUAGACAUCUAAGAACUCACAGAAGAGAGAAGCCUUUUGAAUGUAAGGAAUGUGGGAAAGAUUUUAGGUAUGUUUCAGAGCUCAGUACACAUUUAAGAACUCACAGUGGCGAGAGGCCUUAUGACUGUAAGGAAUGUGGGAAAGCCUUUAUUGAUUCAUCCACUCUCACUAGGCAUCUUAGAGUUCACAGUGGAGAGAAGCCUUAUGAAUGUAAGGAAUGUGGGAAAUCAUUUUGUGAAUCCUCAACCCUCACUAACCAUCUAAGAACUCACAGUGGAGAGAGGCCUUAUGAAUGUAAGGAAUGUGGAAAAGCCUUUAGUCGUUCUUCAUACCUCAAAGGUCACAUUAGAACUCACAGUGGCGAGAGGCCUUAUAAUUGUCAGGAAUGUGGAAAAGCCUUUAGUCGGUUUUCAAACCUUAAGAUCCAUAUUAGAACUCACAGUGGAGAGAGGCCUUAUGAAUGUAAGGAAUGUGGGAAAGCCUUUAGUCAGUCCUCACACCUCAUAAUCCAUAUUAGAACUCACAUUGAAGAGAGGCCUUAUGAAUGUAAAGAAUGUGGUAAAGUCUUCAGUCACAUUUCUAGGCUUAAUAGACAUUUAAGAACUCACAAUGGAGAGAGGCCUUAUGAAUGUAAGCAGUGUGGGAAAGCCUUUAUUAAUUCCUCAUGCCUCACUACACAUCUAAGAACUCACAGUGGAGAGAGGCCUUAUGAAUGUAAGGAAUGUGGGAAAGCCUUUUAUGAUUCCUCAACCCUCACUAAACAUCUAAGAACUCACAGUGGAGAGAGGCCUUAUGAAUGUAAGGAAUGUGGGAAAGCCUUUAGUCGCUCUUCACACCUCAAGAUCCAUAUUAGAACUCACAGUGGAGAGAGGCCUUAUGAAUGUAAGGAAUGUGGGAAAGCCUUUAGUCGGUCUUCACACCUGAAGCUCCAUAUUAGAACUCAUAAUGGAGUGAGGCCUUGUGAAUUUACAGAAUGUGGAAAAGCUUUUAGUUGGUCUUCAACUCAAGAGUCAUAAUAGGACCUCAAAUAGAGGUAUUGUGAAUGUAAAGAAUAAAGAGAAACAUUUUAGCUGCAUUUCAAGGUUCGGUAGACAUUUAAGAACACAUAAUAGAGAGAGGCCUUGUGAAUAUAAUAAAUGUGAUAAAGGCUUUAGUGACUAAUUAACCCUCAUUAGAUAUCUAAGAACUUAGUGUAGUGAGUCUUUAUGAAUGCAGGAAAGUCUUUAAUGAGUUUUUAACAAUCACCUAUUGCCAAAGAGCUUACAGUAGAAAGAGAUGUAUUGACAGAACACAAAUUUAUGCAACCAUUACCACUGGAGAACUACAUAAUCGCUUUUGCCUCCAAAGUACUGCUCCCUCUUUUUUAUUUUUUCAUUAAAUUUCUCACUAUCCAUUCAGCAUGUGGAUUUUAGAUUCUAGUUUCUUUCAUUUUGCAUUAUGGGUUUCAUAUUGAUCUGUAUUAAUGAAUGUGUUACUUAUCAUCCCUUUUAAUCGCUGCAUAGUAUUUCAUUGCAUACACGUCACUCUUUGCGUAAGCACACUAGAAGGCUAUUUUUUAUUGCUUUUUUCAAUGUAUAAAACAGUUAA